UUCUGGGCUGCUUAUAUUGAUGAGAAGUGGUUCCCGGCGAUGAAAGGCAUCGCUGCCGCUACAGAUGACGAGGCGAGGAAGGCAGCAGUCGGGCAAGUGGCAGAAGGUCUAGCGCUGUUGGAGGAAGCAUUUCAAAAGAUCAGCAAAGGAAAGAGUUUCUUUGGGGGAGAUCACAUUGGUUACCUUGACAUUGCAUUUGGGGGACUUUUGGGGUGGUUUAGAGUGACUGAGGGAAUGGGUGGGAUCAAGCUGAUUAACGAAACAAAGACGCCGGGGUUGCUAAAAUGGGCUGAGAAGUUUGCUGCAGAUCCUGCCGUGAAAGAUGUUCUGCCAGAGAUAGAGAAGCUUACUGAGUUUAGUAAGGUUAUUGUAGCCAAAUUAAGAGCAGCUGCAGCUUCUGGGGCCAAGUAAUCAAUCUAGUGCUCAAUGUUUGUCAUUGUUGUGUGAACUGUAGCAGUAUUUUGUGUUUAUUAUGAGAAAUAAUCAAGACCUGAAAACGGUCUUUACAUUUUCAGAA